AUGCUCUACACAACCAUUCUCCCCCUCACUCUCCUCACCGCCGUCCUCGCUUCCCCGGUACCCGUUCCUGCUUCCACCUCCCCAGUCUCCACCUGCUCCACCCUCACCACCAAACUCGAUUACUACCAAGGCUACCAAUCCCCAUCCCAAUGCGGCAUUAAUGUUUUCUCAGGCAACAUCACCGCUGGUGUUUGCGUCAAUAUCCUAACUCAAGGCAUCAUGCUUUUCCCGGCUGAUACGGCUUGCACCUAUAGUAUCUGGAAAGGAGUCACCGAUUGUAGUGGUGGUGUUACUCAGACUUUUGAUUUGGGAGUCGCGCAGCAGGGUGUGCAGAGUGUGGGAACUUGUGUUGGAACAGGGGUUAUGGAUGGAGGGAGAUUUUAUCAUGCUAGUGGAUUUUUGAGUUGUGGAUGCAACUAG